AUGGCAUCGCGGAGGGAACACGUAAAAAGCCGACAUCAAAGAUUCCCGACCAUUCGCCAUCACAACCCGUUGAGUCGAUUAACGUCGGCCAAAAUCACAGACGGACGUGUAACGUUGGCCACUCAGAUGGACCAUGAUAGCGACAACAUGAAUCACGCUCCAAUUUUGGACAGCCCCACUUGCUACCCGGACUACGGCUCCCAGCCGGUUAUAGGCGAAAAAAACUGGCCGAUAGCCCCAACAUGCAUCAUUACGCCCGAUCGGUCUGUUGGUGUGGAAAACAGAGGCUGGAUUGCAGAACGGCCAAAUGACAGAAAUUAA